AAUGAAUGGCAGUAAUCUUGAUGAUGCAGCUGACCCACGUGUUUGCCUCAUCUGUGGAGACCGCGCCACAGGCCUGCACUAUGGCAUCAUCUCCUGCGAGGGCUGCAAGGGCUUCUUCAAGCGCAGCAUCUGCAACAAGCGCGUGUACCGCUGCAGCCGUGACAAGAACUGCGAAAUGUCGCGCAAGCAACGCAACCGCUGCCAAUACUGCCGCCUGCUCAAGUGUCUACAGAUGGGAAUGAACCGCAAAGCAAUCAGGGAAGAUGGGAUGCCAGGAGGGAGAAACAAAAGUAUUGGGCCUGUCCAGAUCACAGAUGAAGAGAUUGAGCGGAUCAUGUCGGGACAGGAGUUCAAGGAGGAAGCCAGUCUGCCGGAGCACACCUGGAGCAACAAUGGUGACAGUAGUGACCACAGUUCUCCUAGCAACGGCGCCUCCGAGGGCAACCAGCCAUCACCUGCUUCCACUCUAUCAUCCAAUCGUUCUUUAGAGAUUGGUGGUGGCUACACGGCUGCUGUCAGGGACCAGUACAUCAACGCCCCCAUGAACACCCCCUACCAGCUGCUACCUCACCUCUUUAGCUACGCAGCCCAGUCAGGCCUGCUGGCCCCCCAGCCCCGCAGCCUCUACCCCCAGUCACACCCCCUGGUGAUGCAGCUUGUGGCUGCAGAGGACCUGGCCCCACUGGCCACCCCCAUGCUGAUAGAGGACGGGUACAAGGUGACUCAGGUGGAGUUGUUUGCGCUGCUGUGUCGUCUGGCCGACGAGCUGCUGUUUCGUCAGAUCUCGUGGAUCAAGAAGCUGCCGUUCUUCUGUGAGCUGUCUAUUGAGGACUACACCUGUUUACUCAGCUCCACCUGGCAGGAGCUGAUCCUGCUGUCCUGCCUCACCAUCUACAGUGCACAGAUCUUUGGAGACCUGGCCGACGUCACCGCCAAGUACACUCCCUCUGAUGAGGAGCUGCAGGGGUUCAGUGAGGAUAGCAUGGAGUUGAUGGAGAGGCUGAUCUAUCUGUUCCGCAAGUUCCACCAGUUGAAGGUCAGCAACGAGGAGUACGCCUGCAUGAAAGCCAUCAACUUCUUGAACCAAGAUAUCCGCGGUCUGACUAACGUCUCCCAGUUGGAGCAACUGAACAAGCGCUACUGGUACGUGUGUCAGGACUACACCGAGUACAAGUACCCUCACCAGCCCAAACGCUUCCCUGAGAUCAUGAUGUGUCUGCCAGAGAUCCGUUUCAUGGCAGGGAAACUGGUGAACGUUCCCCUGGAACAGCUCCCCCUCUUGUUUAAAGCAGUUUUGCACUCCUGCAAAUCCAGCUUCAUCAGCAACAGGACAGGAAGUUCUCCCUGUAUGCCUACUACUGCUACCUCCCCCGGGAACUGAGCCCCGCACCCUGGCCCCAGGACCGCCCUUUGACAAGAAUCUUACCUUGGGGGUGGGGCCAGGGACUGGUCCCCCUUCCUGUGAAUGUGACAAGCAAUUUUUGUUCUCUAUAUAUUUAUUACACGACAGAGCUGAAUGUAUGCUGAUUUACGCUGUGCACAUGCUUCUGUACAAACUAAAUGCACAUAGAUGCAUUGGUCUUUGGAGUUUACAAAUAUGUAUCCGAUUGCUCAACGAGUCGGUGUUGCCAUUGUUAGAACUAGAUUUUUAAGAUUGAUUUGAUUCGGAAUGGGGACGGGUAUAUAUGAGUUGACAAGUGUUUUGAGACUACCUCAGGAAGAUGAUUUAGCUAUUUUCAGGUACCUUUUUCUUGCUGUUUUGAAAUGAAGAGGUUGCCCGGUCUAAAUCAAAUCCCUGUAAAUGCUGUAAACUCCUGAAUCAUAGAUGAUAAGUCGGCCUUUACCAUGACAUUGACCAAAGGCAUUGCUGCAUAUUCAUUUGAACCAAAGAUAGAAAAGCAUUCAACCCUGCAAUCAACAAAUGAAUGUCUUGAAUUUCCCACUGGUUCUGGUGUAUUUUCUCACUUCUUGUAGUAUUUUUGUACACUAUUUCAUACAAUCCACAAACAGACAUCCUGAAGGGAUGGCCUGGUCAAUGUAACAUUCCUUGUCUUUCACUGAGGUGAAAUUUUGUUGGAUUGUGGGAUCUUCAUAGAACAAAAGCAUACGGGUAUUUUCUACAAUCAUAGACUGCAGAGCAAAUUUAGUUGCAUAGUUGCAGGGGUAGGGGAAAUUUGUUAUUAGCUUGAAUGAGAAUUUUUCUUGACCAAAGUGAUAUGCAAAGUUUUUUAAGCAGCAGCCAUAGAUUAGUGAUUAGUCGAUAGCUCAGUGUAAUGAUUUCUUAUCAAUGAAGGACCAGGAUAAGAAAUGAAUCAAUCUGUUUAAGAGCCAGAGGGGAGACCCUCAGACAGACAGUGUAGCUCGUUCUUAUCCUAACCCCUAGGCUGAGACACCACAAACAAUGGCUCCACUCUCUUCUCUCCUAGUCCCUGUUGCACCCAUCUAUUCCUUUCGACAUACAACCCAUCUUGGCUUUCAGCCCUCCACUGGUACUUCCUUGCCCAAACCUGAGCCUCUGCACAUGCUCACUGGGUUGAUGGUCCGAUCUGCACAGUUAGGCUACAAGGAAAUGCUGGCUUGUUCAUUUGUACUACUACAUUUGUAGACAGUGUUGGGUUUAGAAUGCUCAGGUCAAAAGACUGCAACAGAGGAGAGAUGGAGGAGACAUUAGGGGCAUGUCUAUUAAUCUGGUCUGGGUUGACAGACUAGAGGUUACUUCUGGCUUGCACACAUUGUUUAAAAAAGCUAUAUAAAGAAAUAGGUUCUUUAUUUAUGAAGUAUGAGAUGAUCAUUUCAACCAGCCGUUAGCCGUUUCAUAACAACCAUUGUUUAAAAUGUGGAGCAAUGCAGUCCUUGCAACGACUCUUUUAUGCAUGCUGUGGUGAGGCAGGAGACAUUCUUUGACUAUUACCAUGUCAAAGUGCCCACCCUGCAUUCUCCUCUCUCUCAGGUCCUGGUGGACCGGUAUUUAAACAGGGUAAAGUGAGUGUUAUGUAUUGCAUUCAUGAGUUACUCAGUGAUCACUAUGCUGAUGUACUUGUAGGAUUUUAAUUGUAGAAUUCUGGACAUUGUAGGUCCUUUUAGAAACUGUUUCAUUUUUCAUUUUUUCCUGUUUUAUGAAAGUGGCUGUUGUUUAAGGGCAUGUUUUAAGACUUUAACUGUUGCUCCCAGUUCAGUGUUUAGCUUAUUUGUCUGAAGAUGGUCGGAGACAGGACUUAACAUCAGUAAGGUCACAGAGGUCCCUUUUCCACUCUGAGCAUAACCAAGCUAACCUCAAUCAACAGGUGGGCUUACGAUUGCUGCCUCCAUCACUGGGUCUAGACUAGUCUGUCUAUAUCUUCUUAGCCUUAACACGGUACUACACUGUACCAUCUAAUGUCCUGAACCACGCUUUGAAUACUUUCACCAAUGCAGUGUUCUUUGUUUCAGUAGUUUCAAUUAGCCACCUUUCCAUGUUUUGUUGUGAUACAUUUCAUGUAUUUUGUUUUUUGGAGUGAAAAAGACCCCUAUCAUUUGUUUUAUUUUUAAUGAUUUCUGAUGGAUGUUGGAUGUGAUUCUAUCAACUUGAUGCCACAGUUCCAAAGGAAAUAAUGUUUAUGGUAUUGAUGUUACAAGUGUUUACGAAUUGUUAACUUUUACUAUUACCAAAAACACUGAUUUUAUGAAUAGUAUGAUAUACUGUAUGCAGAGAGUGAAUUAACCAAUGGCAGGCCCCUGUGAAACAGUGCAUUCGGAAAGUAUUCAGACAUCUUGACUUUUUCAAAAUGUUGUUACUUUACAACCUUAUUCUAAAAUGGAUUCAAUAGUUUUUUUACUCAUCAAUCUACACACAAUACCCCAUAAUGACAAAGCAAAUGUAUUAAAAAGACAAAACAGAUAUCACUUAAGUAAUUAUUCAGACCCUUUACUCAGUCCUUUACUCAGUCCUUUACUCAGUCCUUUACUCAGUCCUUUACUCAGUCCUUUACUCAGUACUUUACUCAGUCCUUUACUCAGUCCUUUACUCAGUCCUUUACUCAGUACUUUACUCAGUCCUUUACUCAGGCCUUUACUCAGUCCUUUACUCAGUCCUUUACUCAGUCCUUUACUCAGACCCUUUACUCAGUCCUUUACUCAGUCCUUUACUCAGUCCUUUACUCAGUCCUUUACUCAGUACUUUACUCAGUCCUUUACUCAGUCCCUUACUCAGUCCUUUACUCAGUCCUUUACUCAGUCCUUUACUCAGUACUUUCCUUUUGGCAAACUCCAAGUGGGCUGUCAUGUGCCUUUUCCUGAGGAGUUACUUCCGUCUGGCUACUCUACCAUAAAGGCCUGAUUGGUGGAGUGCUGCAGAGAUGGAUGUACUUCUGGAAGUUUCUCCCAUUUCCAUAGAGGAACUCUGGAGCUCUGUCAGAGUGACCAUCAGGUUCUUGGGCACCUCCAUGACCAAGACCUUUCUCCCCCGAUUGCUCAGUUUGUGGACAGCUCUAGGAAGAGUCUUGGUGGUUCCAAACUUGUUCCAUUUAAUAAUGAUGGAGGCCACUGUUUUCUUGAGGACCUUCAAUGCUGCAGAAAUGUUUUGGUACCCUUCCCCAGAUCUGUGCCUCAACACAAUCCUGUCUUGGAGCUCUACGGACAGUUCCUUCGACCUCAUUGCUUGGUUUUUGCUCUGACAUGCACUGUCAACAGUGGGACCUUAUAUAGACAGGUGUUUACCUUUCCAAAUCAAUUGAAUUUACCGCAGGUGGACACCAAUCAAGUUGUAGAAACAUCUCAAGGAUGAUCAAUGGAAACAGGAUGCAUCUGAGCUCAAUUUCAGGUCUCAUAGCAAAGGGUCUGAAUUCUUAUGUAAUUUGUUUUUGCUUUGUUAUUAUGGGGUAUUGUGUGUAGAAUGAUGAGUAUUUAUUUUUUUAAAUCCUAUUUAGAAUAAGGCCGUAAUAUAACAAAAUGUGAAAAUAGUCAAGGUGUCUGAAUACUUUCUGAAUGCACUGUAUAUGCAUAUUUAUGCAUGAUUUCUGAGAGUUUACCAUCAGUAAACAAAGCCCGGAAACAUUGAAGUGUUCCAGUAAUGGUGGGGAGCAGCCAGCCACUGGUCUGGGGGGCUUAGUACACAUGGCAUGCCUAAACUCAGGGAUCAGAACUUCUUAGGGGACAUGUGUGUGAGACCCUAGCCCAGUGCUGCUGUCCCCAUACAGUUUCACUAUCGCCAACAUACGUAAAUAUAGAGACUCUUAGUGGCAGAUCAUUCCUAUUAGUCGUUUUUUAAAUCUAACGUCACAUUGCUACCUACCUUACAGCCACCUCCACGACUGUUUGCCACUUUCAUGUUUUGAAAUACAUGUAUUACAUUCUCAUUAGUAUUCUAUUAUUUUCUAGAAUGUGUUUUCACCGAUAAUGGAUAUGUCAUUUGCAAUUGCUAUACUGAAACUACCUCUUUUUUUGUGUCAUCACGUAUUUCACUUUCACACAGGUAAUGCUUUAAAAAAAUCAUAUUCAUUGGUUUCAAUAGCUGGUUCCCAUCCAAUUGGUACUGAUUUUCUUGCAAAUAUUCUAAAAUCCGCAUAAAGAAAAUAUGCGCAUUUCCAACCGGUGGUGUUUCCACCAAACGGAUUUGCGGUAGUGCACAGAAAAUGUACUUAUUUGCUUCAAUUUUCAUUACCAAAUAAAAAUCUAAAUUUCAAAGUGUUUCUAUCGCAUUUUCAGCUCUACGGAUAGUUUUGUCACAAAAACUGUUGUGCUAAAUGGCACACGUGACUAUUCUGGUCGUGGAACCUGUGCUCUAGCCAACAGCUCGCACAUACAGUGCAGUUAGGCUGUGCGGAUUAUGAGAUUAUUAUGGAUUAUUAAGAGCGAGAAUAUUUUUAUUUGUCAAAUGACAGUCAAGCAUCGAUCAUCAUGUCAGACCCUCAAUAUUUAUUGGAAAGGAGCGUAAAGCUCAUCACCUUUAACACUCCAUCACACAUGAUUUAAUCUGUAGCCUAAUAAACUGCAUGAUUUCCCGAGUCGUAGCGGGAGGACCACACACCAUAUCAUUGUGUGACUCCAAGUAAAUUUUUGGUAUGAUGGUCAUUAUAUCAAUAUUUGUGCAUAAAUGCGUUUCCACCACCAUUUCUUGCAUAAUGAAUUUUACUGACACGAAAAGAUCCCACCAUGUCGAACUAACAAAUUAUCUGUCGGCAUUUAUAAAAUCACAGCUGUCAGGAUUUUUUUUAAUACCGUAUGACUUUACUCGCCUAAAACAUUUGAAUGGAAAUGUGGUUAUUGCACCAAUGUUCUGUUAUUUUGUGUCUCUUAUUUUAUCCAGUUACCUCUCACUGUUACUUAUUGUGCAUGUGAAUGUUGCCUCAUAUGCUACUCCGUGCUACCUCAGGAAAAACUGUCGCCUAGGCCUUAGUGGGUGGGAGAUAGUUUGACCACCUUGCCACUUUACAUUUACUCUAACCACUUUUUUAUCUGUGAUCAUCAUAUAUUUUCCAACAUCGAUUAUGUAAUUAAUGACAUCAUACCUCACUGAUCAAUGAAAACUGAUCUUAUUUACCACCUUGUCAUGAUUACCAUACCAAAGAAUUUCGACAGGAAUCUAAACUUGAAUCAGUUUACUUUGUAGUGUCAUAUUAAGUAUUGUAUUCCAAUCAAUGUAUUGUGUUCCUUCACUAUAUUGAUAUAGUUGUUUUGAUGUACCAAACAAUCUACUUGUGAAGUGUAAAGAGUAAAAUGAUCAGUAUCAUGUUUGAUAUUUAUAACGCUGCUUGUGAGUGAUUAUCAAUUAGAAUGUAACUUUGGCCAAACUGCCAUUUACUGUUGUUUACAUGUUUUUCCUCACUCCUCUCAAUAAUAACUGGUGAAUGAGUUUUGUGUUUUAAAAGUGUUUUAACAAGCUCAUUCAGUGUUAUAACAAUUCAUUCACGGAGGCUCAUCAGCGAGCCCACAAUGGGGAAUGUCUAAGGCAACUAGAAGAGCAGAUAAAAUCAUAAUGUAUCUCUGGGAACAUCAUCUUAAUGUUUUUCCAUUGAAUGUGAAGAUACCACUAGAUAUGCAGGUGAAACACAUGACAUUUGUAUCUGCCAUGUUUUGUUGUUGUUCUUUUUUUUAUCUUUUGAAAACCCUUUCUCCUCCUCGUGUUACUACCUGUGAUGAAUGUGAUCCAUACGUGUUCAAUGCAUGUUUAGAAUGUGUUAGGAUUUGAAACCAAAUAAAUGUGAACGUUAUGCAACUG